CACCUUCCGCACCGCCAACAGCAUCAACAAACCAAAUCAGCCCGAAUAAAACACUGCAAUAACAAGAACAGCAGAAAACACUGUCCAGAUUGCAUCAUUGACCGUACCUGCCUUUGCUGCCCGCUAUCAGUGCAUCUGUGCUCAUCAAGCGCCACACUCACAACUUUCUUUCCUUCUCCGGUAGCCCUCCGCCGGCUCCUCCGUCUCUUCUCUUCUCCUCCUCUCCUUCUCUUCUUCUCUCCUUCUACUCUCUGUCUUCACCUUCUCCCUCCUCUCCUACCAACACCACCCCACCAUGGCGGAAAGAGACUCGGAGACCCCCCUCCUCGGUGCCUCCUCCUCCCCCACCGACGAAUUCUCUCACCUCCCCGCCCACGAAGCGCAGAUCCUGCGCUCCCAGGUCGAGCUCAAGGACAUCAAAACCUCCUACUUCUCCGCCUUCCGCUAUGCCUCCUUCUCCGACCGCGCCCUCAUCAUCCUCGCCGUCAUAAUCGCGGCCAUGGAGGGCUCCAUCAGAGCUGUCGUGCCGAUUAUGAACGGUGUCUUUGCCGAGAAGCUGUCUGCUUUCAUUCUCUCCCGUGACUUUUACAACUACUUUGGCGGCUACGACAGCUUCAUGAUGUUUUACCAGUCAAAGUCCUUCUCUGAAUACUUCAACUCGACUUCGGACUUCAACUCGUCGCUUCCCUUCAACGAAUCUUACUACUACAACUCGCCCUACUACGAGUCCACUUACAACUUCACCAUGAUCCCCGAGUAUGUCUCUCCCGAAGAAUACCAACGCGAAGUCAACUUUGACGCCAUCUACUUCAUCUACUUUGGCAUCGCAGAGUUCCUCUUCGCCUACUUCUUCACCUUCGUCCUCAUCGACCGCGGCGAGGUGCUCUCCGCCCGCAUUCGCGAAAAGUACCUUGCCUCCGUUCUCCGCCAAAACAUUGCCUACUUUGACCGCCUCGGCACCGGCGAGAUCACCACCCGCAUCUCCUCAGACACCAUGAUCAUCCAGGACGGCAUCUCCGAGAAGCUGGGAUACCUCAUCUCUUUCUCCUCCACCUUUGUCAGCUCCUUCAUCGUCGGCUACGCGCUCUCGCCCCGCCUCACUGCCUACCUCACCGUCGUCGCCGCCGUCAUCGUCGCCUCCUUUAUCUUUGCCUCUAGCCGCAUGACCAUGCUCUACGGCAAAGCCUUGAACGGCUCGUCCGCCGGUGGCUCCGUGGUUGAGGAAAUCCUCUCCUCGAUUCGCAACGUGCAGGCCUUUGGGCUCCAGGACCGCCUCGCCUCAGGAUACGACCACUACCUGUCCAUCUCGCAAAAGUACGCCCUGCGCGCCGGUUUCUUCGCCGGCUCCAUCUCCGGCAUCUCCUGGCUGGGUCUCUACACCGCCGAUGCGGUCGCAUUCUACUUUGGCCCCCCUAUCCUGCGCCGCGGCGACCUCUCGAUCCUCGCGCUCGUCACCAUCCUCGCGUCCAUGAUCCAGGGCAUGUUUGCCAUCUGCUCCAUCACUCCGCACGUCCGCGCCGUGGCCUCUGCCUCCUCGGCCAUCAACAAGAUCUACACGACGAUCGAUCGCCAGUCCGCGAUCGACUCGACCGCCGAGACCGGCCGCAAGCUCGACAAGGUCGACGGAACGAUCGAGCUCCGCGAUAUCAAGUUCAUCUACCCUUCGCGCCCGGACGUCACCGUCAUGGAUAACUUCAACCUGACCGUCAAGGCCGGCACGACCGUCGCCCUCGUCGGCGCCUCUGGUUCGGGAAAAUCCACAAUCGUCGGCCUCGUCGAGCGCUUCUACAAGCCUGUUCGCGGCGACAUCCUUCUCGACGGCGUCAACAUCGACGAACUCAACCUGCGCUGGCUCAGACAGCAGGUCGCGCUUGUGUCGCAGGAACCAAUCUUGUUCGCCGGCACUGUCUACGAAAACGUCGCGUUCGGACUUAUCGGCACGCCGUACGAGCACGCGUCCGAGAUCGAGAAGCGCGCGCUGGUUGAGAACGCUUGUCGUCAGGCGAACGCUAUGAUCUUCAUCGACACGCUUCCCAAGGGUCUCGACACGCACGUCGGCGAGCGAGGAUUCCUGCUCUCCGGAGGUCAGAAGCAGCGGGUUGCUAUUGCUCGCGGUAUUGUUUCGAACCCGAAGAUCCUGCUCCUUGACGAAGCUACCUCGGCGCUCGACACCAAGAGCGAGGGCAUCGUGCAGGACGCGCUCGACAAGGCGUCCAAGAACCGCACGACGAUCGUCAUCGCGCACAGACUCUCGACUAUCAAGGACGCGGACAUGAUUGUCGUCAUGAAGCGCGGCGUCAUUCUCGAGAAGGGAACGCACCAGGAACUCAUCGCGGCAAAGGGCGAGUACUACAGUCUUGUGCAGGCGCAGUCGGUCGAGCAGUCGGUCGAGAAGGAGUAUGAGGAAAACGUGCAGGUUCUCGAAGCCGUCGAAGUCAACGAGGAAGACGACACUGUCGAGAAGAUGAUUGACGAGAAAGCUGCUCUCGCCAGCAGCAGCAGCUCCAGCGACGCUGCCUCUUCUUCAUCUUAUGGCGAGGACGAGGAAAAGGGUCUUUUGCUCUCAAAGACUAAGACCGGCCGCUCAAUCUCGAGCGUGGUUGGCGCUUCGUACAAGGAGCAUGAAGACCGCAAGUACUCUGUCGGCGAGAUUGUGCGCUUCAUCUACGAGCUUUCGUACCCGGAGCGCAACAUCAAUCUGACGGCGCUGUUCUUCACUAUCGUCAUGGCGGCUGGAUAUCCUUAUCUGUCUACUGUCUACUCGGGCUCGGUCGAUGCGCUUGGUGAAGCUGAUGAGUUCACCAUGUACCGUCGUCUGAAGGUUUACAACAUUACCUAUCUGAUUAUGGGUGCUAUUGAACUGAUCUGUCCCAUCCUCGCCGUCGGCCUCUUCUCGUACUCUGGCCAACGUCUCGUCCGUCGCAUCCGCAUGCGCACCCUCCGCCAGAUCGUCAGACAAGACAUUGCCUUCUUUGACGAAUCCGCAAACACCGCCGGCGCGCUCACGUCCGCGAUCUCCAAGGACUCUGGUGCGAUCGAAGGUCUUUCCGGCGCAACCCUCGGCCAGAUCAUCCAGUCCUUCAUCCUCAUCUUUGGCGGCAUCGGCGUCGCGCUCGGCGUCUCCUGGAAACUCGCGAUUGUCACCAGUCCCACGAUUCCGAUCCUGCUUGCGUCUGGGUUUUACAGAUUCUAUCUGCUCGCAAAGCAUCAGGAGAAAGUCAAGUCCGCCUACGCGCGCUCGUCGUCGUACGCUUGCGAAGCCGCGGCUUCGAUCAAGACCGUCGCGUCGCUCACUCGCGAGGAGCAGGUUAUCGACACCUACGGCAGCACGCUCGUCGGACUCUACCACCAAGGCCGCGUUGGAAACAGCAAGUCGGCAGCGCUGUACGGCGUCACGCAGGCGAUCGUGUACUUCAUCCAGGCGCUGAUGUUUUGGUACGGCAGCACGCUCGUGCGCACUGAUUACUACUCUGUCUACAUGUUUUUCACGUCCAUCAUCGGGAUCGUGAACGGCACGCAAAACGGCUCGAUCGUGUUUUCCUACGCGCUCGACAUGGCGCGCGCGUACGACUCGGCCGGGAAUAUCAGGAGACUGUACGAACGCGAGCCCGAGAUUGAUUCCUGGAGCGACGAGGGCGCACUGCUCCCCGACGUCAGAGGCGAUAUCGAGUUCAAGGACGUGCACUUCCGGUAUCCGACGCGGAUGCAGGUUCCUGUUUUGCGCGGACUCAACCUGACGGUCAAGCGCGGACAAUACGUCGCUCUUGUGGGCGCGUCCGGGUGCGGCAAGAGUACGACGAUCGGCCUGAUCGAGCGGUUCUACAACCCUCUCUCGGGCCAGGUCUUGAUCGACGGCGUCGACAUCUCGACGCUCAACAUCAACCACUACCGCAGCCACAUCGCGCUCGUGCAGCAGGAGCCGACGCUGUACUCUGGCACUGUGCGCGACAACAUCAAAUUCGGCUGUCUCGAGAACGACGUCCCGGACGAGGCCAUGAUCGACGCGUGCCAGCAGGCAAACAUCCACGACUUCAUCAUGUCCCUUCCCGACGGCUACGACACCCUCUGCGGCGCAAAGGGCUCUCUCUUCUCCGGCGGCCAGAAGCAGCGCAUUGCGAUCGCGCGCGCGCUCAUCCGUAACCCGAAGAUCCUGCUGCUUGACGAGGCCACCUCCGCGCUCGACAACGAGUCUGAGAAAGUCGUGCAGGCGGCACUGGAUAACGCCGCCAAAGGCCGCACGACGAUCGCGAUCGCGCACAGGCUGUCGACGAUCCAGCGCGCGGAUAUCAUCUACGUGUUUGAGAACGGACGGAUAUUGGAGAGCGGAACACAUCAGCAGUUGCUGGCGAACAAGCUCAAGUAUUAUGAGCUGGUGAAGUUGCAGGCUUUGGAGAAGAGCUAAAUGCUGUUUUAUUUCUGUUUAAGUUGGUCAUUUUAUACAUAGACACACACACAUUCAUUUGGUAUAACUUUCAUUCAUUGUGAUUUGCUUUUUUGUUUUAGCUUGGAGUCAUAUGGUAUACUACGCCGAUAGAGAUCAAUAGAGGUUGCUUAUUUAUUAGUAUCUAAAUACAUCUA